UGGAAAUUACAUAAGGAGAGAAACAUAGAAAAAGUUCGACAGUUUUUGUUCCACUGAAUUGUCUGAAACAAUCAAUAAAUUCAUUGUGAAGUAUUUUGUUGGUGAUAUUCUAGUCAGUAAAGAGGAACAUCAACAGUUCUUGACAGGUGUUCAGUGGACUGUUCAGAUGAUGUCAUGGACUCCACAAAGGAUCUCAGUGGACAGACAGACACAGGGAAGGUCAAGAGUGUCAUUCAUGGAGAAUCUCCUGAAUCCAGCUGUGUGUCCAUGAAGAGUGACCGGUCAAUGGAUGCUCCACAUAAAUUCAGUUCAGGAGCCCCUUGUGCUGAUGUGAGUGUCAUUCAUGGAGAAUCUCCUGAACCCAGCUGUGUGUCCAUGAAGAGUGACCAGUCAAUGAAUCGUCCAAUUUUCUUCAGUUCAGGAGAAUCUUUGAUCAAAUACAGAAACAAACAGGAUGAAUCAGAGUCAACUGCUGGGAAAGUGCCAUUGGACUCCAUUUUUGAGGAACUUGAGCACAAAAUCAUCUCUCUGAUGAAGAAAGAGCUGAAGAGUUUCAAGAGACUACUGAUCUCAGAUUCCCCAGCAUGCUCUGAGAGAGAGGAGGAGGAUGAUGAAGGUCAGAGCAGAGUCAGAGAGGGGUUUCUGAAGAUCACACUGCACGUCCUGAAGAAGAUGAAGCAGACAGACCUCGCUAACACACUUCAAACCAAACUGAUUUCUGUGCAUCAACAAAAACUCAAAACAAAACUAAAAGAGAAAUUCCAGAGAAUUACUGAAGGAAUGGCAAAUCAAAGCAGCUCAACACUUGUGAAUGAGAUCUACACAGAGCUGUACAUCACAGAGGGAGGGAGUGCAGAGAUCAAUAAUGAACAUGAGGUGAGACAGAUUGAGACAGCAUCCAGGAGAGCAGAGACACAGGAAACACCAAUCAAAUGCAAUGACAUCUUUAAAGCCUUACCUGGACAAGACAAAGCCAUCAGAACUGUGCUGACUAAAGGAGUUGCUGGAAUUGGGAAAACUGUCUCUGUGCAGAAGUUCAUUGUGGACUGGACUGAAGGAAAAGCAAAUCAGGAUGUUCACUUCAUAUUUCCACUUCCUUUCAGAGAGCUCAAUCUGAUGAAGCACAAAAAUAUCAGUUUGAUGGAUCUUCUUCAUCAGUUUUUCACAGAUACAAAAGAACUGAGAUCAACAUUCCUUGAUGACUACAAAGUCAUUUUCAUUUUUGAUGGUCUGGAUGAGUGUCGACUUCCUCUAGAUUUCCAGAACAAUGAUAUUUUGUGGGAUGUGACAGAAUCGGCCUCAGUGGAUGUGCUGCUGACCAACCUCAUCAAGGGGAAUCUGCUUCCUUCUGCUCUGCUCUGGAUCACCUCUCGACCAGCAGCAGUCAAUCAGAUUCCUCCUGAGUGUGUUGACCAGCUCACAGAUGUACGAGGCUUCAAUGACCCUCAGAAGGACGAGUAUUUCAGGAAGAGAAUAAAAGAUGAGCGUCUGGCCAACAGAAUCAUCACACACAUGAAAUCAUCAAGAAGCCUGUACAUCAUGUGUCACAUACCAGUCUUCUGUUGGAUUUCAGCCACUGUUCUUCAGAGACUGUUGAGUGAAGCAGAGAGUGCAGAGAUCCCCAAGACUCUCACUCAAAUGUUCACACACUUCCUGAUCUUUCAGAGCAAACUGAAGAGCCAGAAGUAUGAUGGGAAAUGUGAGGUGGAUCUUCAGCAGGCUAGAAAGAGGAUUCUGUCACUGGGAAAACUGGCUUUUCAACAGCUGGAAAAAGGGAACCUGAUCUUCUAUGAGGAGGACCUGAGAGAGUGUGGCAUUGAUGUCAGAGAAGCGUCAGUGUACUCGGGAGUUUGUACCCAAACCUUCAGAGAGGAGUUUGGACUGCACCUGGGGAAGGUGUUCAGCUUUGUGCAUCUGAGCAUUCAGGAGUUUCUCGCUGCUUUAUUCAAGUUUCUGCAAAACAAGUCAAGAAUGAGUGAUUUCCUGAAGAGUGAAGUGGACAAGGCCUUACAGAGUGAGAACGGUCACCUGGACCUUUUCCUUCGAUUCCUUCUGGGUCUCUCACUGAAGUCCAAUCAGACAAUCUUACGAAACCUACUGACACAGAGAGGAAGCAGCUCUGACAGCAAACAGGAAAUUGUUGAGUACAUUAAGAUGAAGAUCAGGGAGAAUCCCUCUCCAGAGAAAUCCAUCAAUCUGUUCCACUGUCUGAAUGAACUCAAUCAUCAUUCUCUAGUGCAGGAAGUACAAACAUACGUGAACAGAAGAGAUAUCAAUCGUCUCUCUGGAGUCAGUCUCUCUCCUGCUCAGUGGUCAGCUCUGGUGUUUGUGUUGCUGAACUCAGAAGAGGAGCUGGAUCAGUUUAAUCUGAGGAAAUAUGCUCCAUCAGAUGAAUGUCUACUGAUGCUGCUGCCGGUGAUCAAAGCAUCCAGAAAAGCUGAUCUGAUGGGCUGCAAUCUGACAGAGCAAAGUUGUUCAGCACUGGGCUCGGUUUUCAGCUCAAACUCCUCAAGUCUGAGAGAGCUGAACCUAAGUAACAAUGACCUGCAGGAUUCAGGAGUGAAGCUGCUGUCUGAUGCACUGAAGAGUCCUCACUGUACACUGGAAAUACUGAGGUUUGCAGCUUGUAGAUUCACUGGUCAGUGCUGUGAAAGUUUGUCUUCAGUUCUACAAUCAUCAAAAUCCCUUAGAGAGCUGGACCUGAGUAACAAUGACCUGCAGGAUUCAGGAGUGAAGCUGCUCUCUGAUGCACUGAAGAGUCCUCACUGUAUACUGGAAAUAAUGAGGUUUGCUGCUUGUAGAUUCACUGAUCAGUGCUGUGAAAGUUUGUCUUCAUUUCUACAAUCAUCAAAAUCCCUGAGAGAGCUGGACCUGAGUAACAAUGACCUGCAGGAUUCAGGAGUGAAGCUGCUCUCUGAUGCACUGAAGAGUCCUCACUGUACACUGGAAAUACUGAGUUUAUCUGGCUGUAUGGUGACAGAGGAAGGCUGUUGUUCUGUGGCAUCAGCUCUGAGAUCAAAUCUCUCACGCCUGAAAGAGCUGGAUCUGAGCUACAAUCACCCAGGAGAAUCAGGAGUCAGGCUGCUCUCUGAAAGACUCAACGAUCCAAACUGCACACUGGACAAACUUAAUGUGGAUCAUGGAGGAGAGUUCAGGAUUACAGCAGGACCACACAAAUAUGUCUGUGAUCUCACACUGGAUUCAAACACAGUAAACACUGAACUCAUUCUGUCUGAGGGGAACAGGAAGGUGACAGGCGUGAGAGAGCGUCAGUCAUAUCCUGAUCAUCCAGAGAGAUUUGAUGUGUGUCAGGUUCUGUGUAGAGAGAGUCUGACUGGACGCUGUUACUGGGAGACUCAAUGGAGUGGAGUUGGUGCUGUUAUAUCAGCGUCAUAUAAAGAAAUCAGCAGGAAAGGAGUGAGUGAAGACUGUGUGUUUGGACUCAAUGUAAACUCCUGGAGUCUGUGGUGCUCUAAUAACACAUUCACUGUCCGUCACAAUAAUAACAGCACUGACAUACGUCCCCCUUCACACGACUGUAAGAGAGUAGGAGUGUAUGUGGACUGUCCGGCCGGCACUCUGUCCUUCUACAGCGUCUCUGACACACACACACUCACACACUUACACACACUCAACACCACAUUCACUCGACCCCUCUAUGCUGGAUUUGGAGUAGUUUAUCCUGGUUCCUCAGUGUGUGUGUGUGAAAUGGAUCAUCAGAGACACACACACACAACUGGAUGAGUGAAAUAUACUCACUGUAUCUCACAUCAACACAACUCCAAACUCUUUCUAGAAAUCAUUUCAUCAAUGAAACUGAUUGAAUUCAAUACAAUGACAGUACUUUGUGUCUCACUGUGAUGUGAUUGAACUUAUUUACUAUCAGAUUCAAUAAUAAAAAUAAUGAUUUUAAAUGAAUAAAUGAGUCUAUAUAUGAACUCUUUAUUAAACACACGGCACAUUCAGAUACUCAUUGUUUUAUUUAUACUAAAUAAACAUUUACAAAUACAGAAUUCUUGUGAUUUUUCUACAGUAUAUAAAUCUUAAUACUUAACAGACAAUUCUAGAAAAAACAGCUUCACACUUUUGCAUUCAUAAAUGGAUUUAUAAGAACUAAUUACAGGAUCAUUUAAAGUUGGUGUAAAUUUGACAGAUUUGAAGAGUUCACUCAUUGAUAAAAGUCAAAUGCUGUCAUCAUACACACACCCUCAUGUUGUUCUGAACCUUACACAUUUUUAUUCUGUGAAACACAAAAGGAAAUAUACGGCAGAACAUUAGAGACUGACAUUCUCAGUCACCAUUUUCUUUCAUUGCAUCUUUCUUUUCAAUUGAAGUGAUUGACUGAAAUUCAAUAUUGCAAAAGCUUCUGUUGUUUUAUCCAAAGCGCUUAUUACAGGGACAAUAAGAGAAUAAUUUACUGUAAAAAAUUGCAUGUACUCUUGUUCUUUUUACCA